UUUCAUAGUGUAAACGUUUCAUGACCAACAGAAUUGACCAGCAGAAGUCAAAGUAACGUACAUUAAAGUUAUAAUUGUUUGUUGUUUCUCCUCUAAAGUUGCCAUUACAAAUACCCAAGAUUUGAUUUUGACAGCGAUGCAAUAUAAAGACAGCUUUAAACUUUGUUGACUGUAUCAGACCCAGUUCUGGUUUUGAUUGACAGCAGAUGCCUUUGGUUGCAAGUAAUAUGCAGAAUUUUGACCCCCCUAUCGCUCCAGUCUGGCUCAUGAUUUUUUAAUUUAUCCCCGGCCAGACUGAACUUGUAUAGGCAAAAAGCAUAGUAAUGAUAAGCUUAUUAAAGACGGUGCCGGCUGCAGGGAUGGGCUAUAGCCAAGAGCUGCUGCCCUAUUGGCUGCCUGAUGGACUGAGAGGAGGGGCUAGUAGGAGGAGAGGUAGAGAGAGCGAGAGAGAGAGCAAGAUAGGAGGAGAGGAGGGGGAGAGAGACGCUUCAGCUCUGGAUGGGGACAGGAGGCAAUGCCCAGUAGAUGCAGCUGCCGAUAAUAGCACACAUCAGAGAUCGAGUGAGCACAGGCUCACAGGGGAGAGGAGAAGAGAGGAGAGGAGCGCAGCAGUACAGCACCAUGAGACUCCAGCAGAAGCAAGCAGAUAACUGAGGCUCUGUAAGAAAAGAAAGAGAGUCUCGGUGCAGUGGAGAAGCUCAGAAGCUGUCAGACAGAGGGAGGUGGAAGUUAGAAGCUGCGAGAGAAGGAAAGAAAUAGAGAACAGAAGGAAGGGGUGGAAGUUAGAAGCUGUGGGAACUCUUAGAGCUUCCCCUGGAAAGCAGCGCUGAGGUCAGCAGGCAGCUGAACUGCCUGGCUUUCCUGGACGAGAGCUGAACACAUGGGCAGAUAGGCUGCUGGAACUUCCCACAGAAGCUCAUGCUUGGGCUUUAGAAGCUGAGGAGCAAGUGUGGUUGAACCCAGGCAGACGGUUCCUCUGGCAGUUCCUGUCCAUUAGCCACCAGCCUGAUCAGACUUAGAGACUGGAAAAGGACUGGCUCCGUUUGGUGGAGCUUCAAAGAGUUAGUUGAAGCUUCUGAUCUGCUUAUUCUGAGAGACAUGGUAGAGUAUGACCUGCAAAGCAUAGCCGCAGCCCCAGAGCAUGGAGAAGUCAAGUAGCGAAGAAUCCGCCAUCCACCGCAGCCCCUCUGUGGACAGCCACGACUCGGACUUCGCUCGAGCGUCCACCUCGGGACGCCCCUUCUCGGGACGGGGCUUCACCGCCGGUGCCUUCUACGGCUCUACGGGCCCACGGGCACAGCAGCAGCAGCAGCAGGCCGGCACGGGCCAGAGCGGCGCGGCCGCAGACGACAAGAGCGGGAACAAGUACAGCUCCCCCAAAGGCAGCAAAUACGUGGUCUUUUACCUGGAUCUAUCCUUUGUGUUCCUUUUAGAAUUCAAGAAGUGCAACAUGGCAAGGGGCUGCCUGUGCUGUUUGAAGUACAUGAUGUUCCUCUUCAACCUCAUCUUCUGGUUGUGUGGCUGUGGGUUGCUGGGUGUAGGGAUUUGGUUGGCUGUGUCUCAGGGCAGCUUCGCCACUUUCUCACCCUCCUUCCCGUCCCUGUCCGCUGCCAACCUGGUCAUCGCCAUAGGCGCCAUCGUCAUGGUGACCGGCUUCCUCGGUUGCUUGGGUGCCAUCAAGGAAAACAAGUGCCUACUCCUGAGCUUCUUCAUUGUCUUGCUGAUUAUUUUGCUGGCAGAGCUGAUUUUGCUCAUCCUCUUCUUCGUGUACUCGAAUAAGGUCAGUGAAAAUGCCAAGAAGGACCUGAAAGAUGGCCUUGCCCUCUACUACUCGGACAACAACAUUGGCCUGAGGAACGCUUGGAACAUCAUCCAAGCUGAGUGGAAGUGCUGUGGUGUGACAGGUUACACAGACUGGCAUGAGGCUCUAAAGGAGAAGGUGGUACCGGACCGCUGCUGUCAGGAGCAUUAUCAGGACUGCGGCCGUAAUGUCACCAAUGAGUUCUGGAAGCGGGGUUGCUUUGAGAAGGUGGAGGAGUGGCUGGACGAUAACAAGCACCUGCUCGGCACUAUUGGCAUGUGCAUCUUGGUUGUCCAGCUCCUGGGCAUGGCCUUCUCCAUGACACUGUUCCAUCAGAUCCACAGAACAGGGAAGAAGUAUGAUGCCUAGCUGGGCUGAAGUACAGAGGGGCGUUCCACUGCAUUAUUAUGGGACUGAAUUUGGAGGCCCCUCUAAAUCCCCUACAUACCACCAUUGGCCAAGUCCUAACCUUAUUCCCUGUUCUUCCCCAACCACUCUGUACAGACAUCAGCCAUGCGUCCCUUCUCUUCUCUUCUUUCCCGACACCACUCAUCUGCCAAAGAGAAAGAGGGACAGAGAGGAAGAGGAGUUCAGACUGUUUGGUUUGAAAACUCUGGGGUGGUUGUCUCCCUCUUCAGCUCCUUUAGAACCUUUAUUUUCUACGCUUGGACUAACUAACGUUUGCAGGAAAGGAGAAUAUUUUGACAAUAAAACUGCAUUGCUUUACUAAUGCAUAAUUCCCACCCUGCAAAGCAAGGACAAGACAUAGAAGACUGAUAGCCAUGCCAUCCUCUGGGUGGGGUGCAUUUUAAGUGUUGUUCAAAUGUUAAAAUCCCCUCAACAAUGAAAAUGACAAAAGGUUCCAUCUUAGCAUGCUGCAGUUUUCUACUCGGUGGAAACCUUUGUCAUUUAAGGCUGUUUGUUUGUUUGUUUGUUUGUUUUUGCCCCUAGUAUUUUAAUUUUCAUCUUAACACACCUCUGAAGGUUGUCCUGAGUCAGGAGAAAGCUGAGUAGGUCUGUGGGUUGUAGUACAGGGUCAGACAGUUCUAACUUGCUCUAACUGAAAUCUGUCUGUGCUCAUAUGUUCAGAUUUGUGAUGGGCGGUUUGAGAAGGGAUGCCAACGGGUUGGAAAUUUCAAGCAAGAAAUGAGACUGAUGUUAAGAUAAAGAAGGAUAGACAGCUGUGGAUAUUUCAAGCCAUUUUUCAGUAUGUUUGAUCACCCUGCUUUGCAUAGAACUCAAACAAUAUCAGUCAAAUAAGUAACGUCAUAUUUCCCUGUCUAAAUUCAGAUAAACACAAUAUGCUCAGUAACAAUACUUCCAUAUACAGUGUGUUUUAGAGCCAGUGAUGAACAGUUUCAGAGUCCUGUUGUGGCAGUAAUGGACAGAAAGCAUGUGGAGCAAGCUGAGGUUUUGAAGAGAGGCUAAAGAGUAAAUCAGGGAGUGUCCAGUUCUGAUUAUGGAGAGUACGGUUUGGUGAUCUGGUGAGUUGUUUAGUUUAAGCUAGACUGAAGCUGGACACCCCUGGGGUACACCAUGUGUGCCAUGCUACCUCCCUAAGGGCAGUUUCACAAGGACAUGGUAUCUGUCAAAAAGGCUUUGACAUGCAUUGCUGAUUUGUUGUAUGUUUGUGGGCAGUAGGGGUUGCAUAGACUGAAUCCACUGGGCAGCGCUGUGGACAAGUCAGUUAUUUAAAAAAACUGCAGUGAACAAGCUGGAGGAGAGAACAGUUUUGAGACCAGGUAGGUUUUGAGAAUGCCAAACAUGCCAAACAUCCAGUCACAGACCGCUUAGCGUAAUAUGUACAACGAAAACAAACUUGGGGUACCAACGGAAAACGUACCUCGUUCACUUGCUACGUACACUUUCAAACACAAUUUAAGAACAAUGUUAAAAAUUGAAUGCCAUGGGAAUGUUUCCUAGUUGAGCGACUAGGCCUGUAUCUCACUCUGAAAGGCUUAUUGGUAAACAGAUGCAUCUGCUUGCUACCAGCAUUUAGCUUGAAAGAACAGUAAUUUCCCAUUGGGUAGUGCAUGGAAAACAGUUUAAAGUAAGGGGUGAGUUUCUGAGAGCUCUGGUGAUUUUAGUGCACAAGACAUAGAAGACUGUUAACAAGAGACAGUCUGAGUACUUCCAAAACUUGGUGAAGUACUACAAAACUCUUCUGCAGUGCAAAUCUCACACCUUGAUCUGCAGGAUAAGAUUUGCCACAAUAACCAACCCCUGUUAGCAAGCUAACAGUAACAAACAAAAUACUUCUCACAGACAUCUGGAAGAACAGUCAUGCCAACCCUUAGUGGGCAGAGGUUGGUGUUUCCUCCCAUGUGACUGAUUGAUAUAUACAGGAAAUCCAUGGAUGGUUGAAAGUGAAGAACUUGAUGUUCUACUGUGAAUGUUCUUCUUCACAGAAGGAAUCCCUGUGAGCUGUCAUAGAUCUUUAAAAUUGGAUUGUACAGCUCUUAAUGUGAGCUGAUAGUGAUUAGUUUCUCCUCAACAUCAACAAGACUCUCUCUGUUUGGCUGACACAUGGUUACAUGUUCUGUGAGGAACACCGUGCUCAGCGCUACCCACUGAGCACAGUGGCACAGUGGGUAGCGCUGUCGUCUCAGCUCAAGAAGGGUCCUUUCUGUGUGGUGUGCAUGUUCUCCCCUUGUCUGUGUGGGUUUCCUCCCACAGUCCAAAGACAUGCAGUCAGUCCAACUGGACAUGGUAAAUGCCCCUAGAAGUGAGUGUGUGUGUGUCUGUCUGUCUGUCUGUCUGCCCUGCCCUACCUGUCUAGGUUGUUUCCUGCCUUUCACCCAUUGACCGCUGGGAUAGGCUCCAGCUCCCCCCCGCGACCCAGAAGGAUAAGCGGCUUAGAAAAUGUGUGUGUGUUCUGUGAGGCAAUAGAGCAGUAUGAUUUUGAGCAUUUAUAUUAGGAACUCAGUAUAUUAAUGCAUUGCUAUCAUUGAAAUCUGUGGCAAGAGGUGCAUUUUUGACUGAUACCAAAAUGUCCUUAUGGGAGUCAACAGUAAACUCGUGAACAGAGACACUGAAGUUAAAGCAGUCUCCUCCACAAAAAGAGCUUCCAGACAUUAAGCCAGAGCUUGGCUCCAGACGGCUCCAGCAUCAUUGAUUGUCUGAGUGUUAGAGUCUGCAUUCUUUGUUUCUGCGCAUCUCAGCUGAUCAGCCAGUGUUUCUGUUCACUUGAUUCAUCUUUUCAUUAUUUUUCUUGCAUGAAGGCUCGAAUGUGCCACAGAGGUUACGGCAGUUUGCAUUUUCAACUGACAUUCCUGUUAGGUGAGCUGAUUUUGAAUCUGUACCUCUAGUUCAGAUCCUGGUGUCCUGGUGUCCCUUCUGUCAUCUCUCCCUGCCUCCAGCUCAGAGGGGAGUGGAAGGAUCCAGAUCAAAGGCAAUGCUUUUCCGAGAUGAUGGCAAACGAGGCCUUAGAGUGAAAGGCCUUUUACCAGCUCAAAGUUUUGUGGGGUUUAAUUGCAUGCUGUAGAACACGAAUUACUUUGUCCUGGCUGCAAUUGCUGUCAGACAUCCUGGCGAGAGCGAGAGGGAGGGGUCAUCAUGCUGUCUCAUAUCAAACCUGGCACUCGGACAGCCGUGACCUUCUCCCCAGGUGUUAGGCUGGGGAUUAGCGUGUGCUGUGCUGAUGUUACACCACACGUCCAAUCAGGUAUUGACUGAGACAGUUUUUUUUUUGCUGUUUACUGUAGUUGGGGAAAUUGGUUUUAAACAAUCAGGGACCAGAGGUGGUCAGCAGUUCAGAUUUUCAUCCUAGAUACACAGAGAAUUGGAGAAGAGUUGUAUUCUGCUUUGGAUGAGCGUAAGAACGCUGUCACUGUGCAUUGCUGCUAUGAGAGACGUCGUUGAGGUUCUUAAGAGUGAGAAGACGUGAAGAGAAAGAUUAACAGCUAAGAAACACUGCAGACUCUACCACAAUAACCCUUUGCUUGCUAACACCUGGGGAUGUCUGAAUGCUGGGGAAUGUUUGGAACUGGUGUGGAGCUGAAGGGCAACAAGCAUACUAUUAUAGACAAGCAGUGACUGAACACAGUGGGUAAAUAAAUAUGUUUUUUUUUUUCAUUGUCUUCUUUUUUGUUAUUCUUUUUUUUUGCAUGGAAAAAUUGUUCCAUCAAGCAAAACUACUAAAGCAAAACAGUGGAAACUGGUGAUACAGGUGAUGCGGGGUUACUUUGUGGUUUUGCUGCAUAAUUACAGUACAUUUUAAUAUCCUUUAAAUAGAGGAACAGUGCUGUCCCCUGCUCUCAUAAUCUUGAUUUGUGCAAGAAUUGGGUAAUUUCUUAAAAAAAACAUCUGCUGUAACCCUCGGUUUUCCACCCAAUUGUGUAAUGCUUAACCCGCUGUCCCUUGCAGGGCCGUCGUCUUAUAAACGCAUAUUAAGCUGCCGUUGUAUUGUUGGCGUGAAUGGAUUUUGGAAGAAAUCACAGAAAUUACCAACAGCAAAACUGAAAAAUAAUAUAAAUCUGCUGACAGCAUUGUUUACCAUAGGAGGUUUUCAUUUUCUGCAUAAUUGUAUCUGUUUUUGUUUCACACUGCAUUUAUUCAAUCUCAAAUUAGGUGGUUCUUGCUUCAUAUCAUCUCAAAUACACCCAGCAGAUGUGAAAUAAGUGCAUAUUUUUCAUAACCUCAAGUGUUGCUCUCAAGUAUUAGAAAGGUUGUCUGUAAUAUCUAACUGCACAGGUGGGCGGACAACAAAAUGCCUGUUACAAGGGUUACAUAAUCUAAUUGUUGCAUUCUUAUUCUUUUUAUUUUGUAUAUUGGUCGUCAUUUUUGUCUGUUUUUAUUCCACAGGCUGUUUUACUUAUUUUAUUGUUUUAUUUCACUUCCUGUAUUGGCUUUCUUUAAAGGUCAGCUCAGCAACAUGUGACGAGAGUUAGCAUAACAGAACUUUUCAUUUUGAAAAGGCUCUGAUCUGACUGCCUUAUUAUCAGAUCAGCAGAAUUUGUUGUUUGGUCUUCGCAGUGGAACAAAUUUAUGGUGGGCAGAUUCAUGCUACACAUUCUAAUCUUAUUCACAAUCUUAAUCCAAAUAUUAUUGAACUAAGGCAGUUCUUAAUGUGUGAUAUGGUUUGUUCUUUGCUGAGCUGAUCUAUAUAUGUUAAUGCAUCGCCCCACGCUAAGCUCUAUACAUUUUCAGUUCACCCUGUCUGAACUGAUCAUUACCGGCCCAACGUAAACAUGUCAGAAUUCACAUACCAUGUAGAAUGUUUGUGUUGUCUAAAUGUAUAUUUUGGUAAGUCAUUUUCUUAAUUGCCAUUGAAACAAGUUUUGUACCCAUUUGUUGUUAUCUAAUAUCUUUUGUUUGUUUAUUAGCUUUUUUUUUGCAUUUGUAUUUUUCAAUUCAAGAGUGUAACUCAGUUCUGUACAUGUUGCUAUUUGUUGGUACUGUAUUCAUAUUUUGACACUGUUGCAGGGAAGCAUUUUAUCCAUAGAUCUGAGUAAUCAUGAAAUAACUUAUCCAAGUAUUCCAUUCUUUCUUUGAAACACUGUCCCGAAAGUAACUGAUUUGGUAUGGAAAGAAGGGAUUUGGAAAGCAACUAAUAUCUACCACCUUUAUCUGUAUUUUUGUACUACAGUCCUAACCCCAGCACUAACCUGCAUAUACGAGCUGUGGAAACGUACUCUCUUGAGUGAUGUGUUUGAUGUAGUGUCAUGGUGGGUGGCAGUUCUAAUAUCUUGUCAACCCAGCUUUGUCCUGUGGAGUUUUUUUGGCUACAUGUAAAGCACUAUAAAUAUCUAUAUUAGGUGGUGCACUAAAUUUCAUUCUUUAAAUCCUACUAUUUUUUAAAUAAAGGAAAGUGUGUCACAAAACUCAAUGAUAAUGUAUAGUCAUUGACUUUGUUCUUAAUGACUGAUUCUUCAAAUAUGAUUUUUGUAUGCACCAUUGUAGACACUACAUUGAACUUUAUUUAAAUUUUGCCAUGAUAUCUUAGACAUUUCUAAGCGUGUUGGAACAGAUAGCAGCUGUAGUUGGUUCCAAACUGCUCUGGAAAAGCCUGCUGCUAAUGAAGUACUGAUCAUGUGUCCAUGAAAGGCCAUAUGUGUUUGAAAUGAAACAUUACGGCACGUUAUGACAUUGAGAAAUAACAGUGUUUAAGAACUUUUUCUACGCAUUACAAACAACAGCUUGGUGUGAGUGCCGCAUUAUUUUUCUACUGAGCUUUAUUGAUUGGUUAAUCUAACUUCUGUGCCAUUUCACUUUGGCUAUUUUUCAAAACACCUUUUCUUCUAUGCAAAAGCCCUGUUUAGGCUUUUUACUGAUCAUUUUGUAUUAGUUCCAUGUAAUUAAAUAAACUUAUUAGAAUUAA